AUGUCUGGUAUUACAAAGUUUUUUUCUAAAAUAAAACGAGAAAUAAAAUUCUCGAAAGCUGGUGAAGGGCAUAAAUUGAAUGAACAGCCAACAAGUCCUAAAGCAAACACCAGACCAACAAAUAGUUACUCGUAUGAACCAAGGCCGAAUACGGCUAGUAGUACGACAAGAAGGUCAACAGAUGAAGCGGCACGUAAUGCUGCCGAAGCGGCACAGGCUCGUUUACAACAGCAGCAACCACCACCGGCGCCCGCUAACCGAACACAAGAGAGUAUUCGUCGUCAAGCUCAACGUGAAUUAGAACAAGAAAAAUCAUUAUCUGACGAAUAUCAAAAAGCACUGGAUCUCAAAGAUCAUUAUUUUGGAAAACGACAAAUCAGUAUGGACAGUUCUUCCGCACUCGAUCUGUCAAAUGUAUUGUUCAAAUGUCCAGAUAUUUUCGGUGAUGAUGUAUGUUUACCACCUGCUGAACUCGAAUCUAAAAUUGAAGAAACAUUAAAACUUCAAUUAGCAUCUGAACCGUUGAUAUCUUGUAUACUACUAUUUUUAACUUCUAAUAAAAAAAAUAUUGAACAAUUACAAAAUGCCAAAGAUAUUAUAUUGAAAUAUUAUGAUAAUAUUAUAAACAAUCCGGAUGAAGAAAAAUAUCGAAAAAUACGUUUGAAAAAUAAAGUAUUUCAAGAGAAAAUAUUACCUUUGAAAUAUGCCAGUGAACUACUUCAAACAAGUGGAUUUAUAUAUUGUAAAUUAAAAAUAAAUGAGAGUGAUAGUGACGAAGAUGAUUAUUUAUAUUACAAAGAAAAAUCAACGGAACCACUCGCAUUAGCCAAAGAUACAUUAAUAAAUGCUGAACCGAUUAAAACAAAAAUUGAUACAAAUUUACGUAUAUUUCGUCCAACAAAAGAACGUUCAACAAUACCAACAUUACAAUUAUUACCAAAUGAUUUUUAUAAUCCAACAAUGAGAGAUAUCAUGACGGAAAAACAACGACAGAAAGAUUAUUUGGAAAAAGAGGAAAUGUUAAGAACGAAAGCAAUGCGUGAAAGAGAUCAAAAAUCAGAGAGUUCUAUACAAUAUAAAUAUACGGUGUUAAGAAUUCGAAUGCCCGAUGAAAUUAUUUUACAAGUCACAUUUGAAUCAGAUGAUAAUUUAUCGUCAUUGUUUGAAUUUCUUCGUUCGUGUCUUGUUUAUGAUUGGAUGACAUUUAUUUUAACAUCAAUGGCUGAUCGUCAAUCAUUUUCCAGUGAACAUAGUGAACAGUAUUCCAAUGUCACAUUUAAUCAGAGUCGUCUAGUUAAUGUUGUACUUUCAUUUAAAUGGGAUGAUGCUGUAUUAAAAGAAAUAUUACAUCAGAAACCAGAUUUUCAAGCUCAUUGUUAUGUAAAGAACGAAAUUAUUCAUGAUGCAAUGAGUUUGUGA